AUGAUAUUCCCCACCCAUGUCGGCGUUCUUCUCCUUUCGCUGACCUCCCUCACGUUGGCGCGACCCAUUCCUCGACCAUCUAUCAUCACACAGUCACAACCGCCACCCCAACAACCAAUAUCAGAAGCAUACCCAAUACCAGGAAGUACAACUCUGACUCUCCACCGUGCUUUUGUCCCUUCAGCCUCACCGUCGCCCUCGUCUAUCUCGUUUGAAGAGGUCAGCAAACUUUUAGCAUCCGCGACCGAGGAGGCUGAAACUAAAAAUGGACCCGCUGGCACGGAGUGGACGUGGCCGGCGACGAACGAGAACAACCAGGUUAGGAUUCAUAUCGAGUCUGAAGCCCCCAGGUUCUUAUGGCGGGAUGUCAAGGAUAUUCUGAGGGGAGUGGAGAGCGUUCAGAAAUCGAUCUUGAAGGAUGGAAAGGGGGGUAGUGAGGGUGAUCUGGAUUUCGAGAUACAGCAGGAUAAGGGAGAGGAGAGGGCUGUGGUGCUUGCGAAGGGGUGGGUUGCUAGACGAUGA